CACUCGUGCCCCGUCCUCUCGCAUCCCAGCCCCGCUCGCCCCUGCCCUCUCCCUCCAAACCCUAGCCCCGACCUCGCAGCCCCGCCCACUUCGCCCCGCAGACCUCGCCGCCGCCGACGCCCCUCAGACCGCGCCGCCGUGGACCUCUCUCCUCGUCUCCCUUGCACCAUGCCGCCCGCAGCCUCGACCUCUCGUCAUCAGAAGGGAAGGGAAGGGAAGAGAAGAGGGAGAAUGAGCAGGUCAGGCGGCAGGCAAGGUGCUCGCAAAUUCGCCGGCGAUGUCGUCCGACCUUGGCCUCCGAGUGCUUGUGCUCUGCCUGCUCCGCGCCCACGCAAUGGCCUGCUCGGGAUGCCGCCCUUCCCCCUGCUCCAACCCUAAUCCCCUCCCCUCCCCUCACGCUGUUGCUGCUUUUGGUCACGCAGGUGCACGGAUGUGUCCCUGCUCCUCUGGUGGACAAGGUCGGUUCCGAUCUGGAUGAGUAGCAAUUGCUGCAGGUGGAUGAGGCACGAGCCCUCAUGGCUCCUCCCUCCUCCUACCCCCCCCCCACCCCCCCUGAACCUGAACAUAGAAGACAAAACAGAGAAGAGAGACUACAUGUUCUUGCAAGAUGCAGUCAUGCUGCUGACAGAAACAUUUUUAUCUCAAGGUGCAAGGUUGCGAAAUUGUUGUUCAAAAACUUAUCUAAAGGCCAACAUGAAUCAUCAAGACUGUCAAUUGAAACUGAACCAUACCCUUUGCAGGUGAAGGCCAUGGUUAACAGCUACAGGAUCCUCCGCGCCUACACGAAAAGGGCUCGAGCGAGAAGACGAUGGAUGACAUCUGAUCGGAGACCUGUCCUUGGCAUUUCUAGGGGCUAG